AUGAGUGCCGAUCUGUUUGCCGAGUUUAACACCUUCUCAUCGAAGCCCCAAAGCCAACAAUCUCAGCAGACAGGUCAACCGCAUCCUGUUACCCAGCAACAACAAAAGGCGGAUCCGUUCGACUUCUUCGCGUCAGGCAACGCGCCUGCUCAAGUGAACCAGCAUGCCCAGGCAUGGCCUCAGAGCCAGGACCAGAGCCAGCGCCAGAGCCAAACUGACAGCUUUGGUGGUUGGGGUGACUUUUCCUCACUCUCAGCUUCACAAGUCAGUCAGCAGCAACCGCAACCACCAGUUCCAGCGACCGCAGCAGGAGGCGACGAUGACGAUGGAUGGGGCGAUUUCGAGGUCGCUGAAGGGCCUUCGGAGCCUUCAAUCACCUCGGCUCUGGAGCCACCCAUCGCCGCACCAGUACUGCCAGCCAACAUCUCAGCACCGCCAACACGAACACGGGUCCACCGCGCUUCAACCUUGGAUCUCAUGACCAACAGUUUGGUACCUGUGGAAGGGCAGAGUGACCCACGCCAGCCUUCUCUUUCUCUUCUCAAGAGUGCCGUUGUUCAGGCUUCCAAACCCAAGCAGCCGAAGCCCAAAGACCCAAACGUUUUAUUCGAUGCAGAAGACUCCGAUGUGGAAGUGGAUGAUGAUGACGACUUCGGAGAGUUUGAAGUGGGCGAGACUAUGUCUGCGCAGUCAUCACAACAGCCAAGCAAGCCAUGGCAGCAUCAACCAAAGUCACCGCCAUGGCACAAUCAGCCAAAGUCGCCCCCUUGGCACAAUCACCCGAAAUCGCCGCCCUGGCACAACGCGCCCCAGCCGCGAGAGCAACAGUCACAGGUAGCGUCAUUAGCAUCACUGGAUCUUUUGUCACUGGAGGACCCCCCUGUUACUCAACCGAAGAGACAUGUCUCUCACUUGUCGUCGCUCAGCGUCGCUUCAUCUACUUCUACUUAUCCGCAGGCACCCAAGUCACCUUCUUUCUCCGAACGAAACCCUUUCCCUGGCUUGGCUCUGAAGACUCCCACGUCGCCCAACUUUCCGAAGGAACCAGCCAACAACCCUGAAAGCCCAACCCCUGUGACGGCAUGGCCAGCCUUCGGCCAAACGUCUCCAAAGAAGGAGGGUCAAAGCCAGAGCAAUGAAGCCGCCAACCCCAACGACCAUUGGUCACCGUUUGAAGACUUCUCCCCAAUGCCCGGCCAACAGAAGAAUGCCAUCGAUUCCAAAGAACUUCCUGAGAGUUGGGAUUGGGAUGCUGUCGAUGGAGUCGAUACGUCGUCUUCCAAGCCUGCUGUCAAAACUACGGCCAACACAGCGCGCAAGGUUCAGAACGCGAACACCAGUGGUAGUGAUGCUACUCCUCCCACGAACAUACCACCACCUUCAGUGCUGCUCUCCAUAUUCCCUGAGCUUCUUGCCCUCGCCAACACGAGCCUGUUCAAGCCAGCAGCCUCUCAGCCAACGUCUAUCAAGGACCGCAUCGCCUCCGACCCAGGCACAAUUAUCUUUCUCCAGGGGUACCUUGCCCUUGCCGCGGUUGCUGCACGCAUUAUCGCAGGCCGCAAACUGCGCUGGCAUCGUGACAAGUUUCUUGCCCAAGGUAUGGCCAUUUCCAGCGCCGGCGGAAAGGGCAUGAAGCUCGCCGGCGUAGAUCGCGCGCAGACGGCUCGCGAAGAACGCGAGGCCGCUGACGUUGUUGAUGUGUGGAAAGAGCAUGUCGGCCGGCUACGGUCAGCAGUUGCGGCAGCCAAGUUAGCACCUGGCGGACAGCAAUUGAGAGUACCAGACUUGGCGGAGAACAUGGCUGUGACCACGGCCAAAGUCGUUCCGACGGCUCCUAAGGCUUGUCUAGUGUGUGGCUUGAAGCGUGACGAGAGGGUAGGCAAGGUGGACUUCGAUGUCGAAGAUAGCUUUGGUGAGUGGUGGGUUGACCACUGGGGACACCGGGCAUGCAAGAACUUUUGGACUGAGCAUGAGAAACAACUUCGCCAACGAUGA